AUGCAGUUCAUCAGACAGAGUGUAGUUGUGCUUAUAUUGCUAUGCAAUCGUUAUAGCAAUGGCGAUACAACGUCCAUGGCACAAUUGGCGAACGAACGUCAGAUAAACGCCAUAGAACUAGCGAUGAUGCCUAAUAUUCGUGAAUCAUUAGAUGAUUGUCAUAUGAGAUAUUACAAAUACGACUUACCAAAAGAAGAGUAUUCCGUUUACGAUCGACCUCGCUUAAAGUUCCGAGAGCUCCCCCAUCUGGCCAUGAUUGGCUGGACCGGUUUGGAUGGUACCGUAGGAUGGAACUGUAUGGGAGCACUAGUGUGGGAGAAUUUCAUUUUAACAUCAGCAAGCUGUACGCAGAACGAAAAUCGGAUAGCUCCCGAUGUGAUGCGCAUGGGGAAUCCCGGUGAGGAGCAACAGAUAAAGAUUGGCGAAGUUAUACGCCAUCCGGAAUAUAGAGAGAGUGACCGACAACACAAUAUUGCUUUGUUGCGCUUGGAAUCAAAGGUUCAACUUGAUGGUACGGCUGUGCCUGUGUGUCUUUGGACAGAAGAAGAGAAUCACUUCCGUAGUAUGGAAGCGGUCAGAAGAAAUGAUUUAGGAACUUCAAUCCCUACUAAAGUUACUGUUCGUCCUGUGCCGGGUAGUUGUGAUGCAGGAUCUAGUAACGCCACCGUACAGAGAUCUGAGCUGUGCGUAGACAGUGGUGAAACGGAUUCAUGUAUGUGGAUUGCUGGCGGAUUUCUUCAAGUAUCACUGCUCCACAGUGCCAAGGUGUCUCCAUACCUGAUUGCGAUCAGUUCCUCGUCCAGUGGUUCCUGUGCACGAUCAAAAUCUACUGAAUACACAAAAGUUUUCUCCUACUUUGAGUGGAUACAAUCAACCAUUGAGGCUGCAGGAACAUCAGCGUGGGCAUGGAAAUUGAGAGAAACUGGAUGUGCUCUUCGCUACAUUAACUUAAGACCCUAUGAGAAGGAUGUGAUAAUAGGCGAAACGGCGUCUCACUAUACAGUAUCAUCGGCUAGAAGGUACAUUGACCCAAGAGAUACACAUGCAAUGGCUGAAAUACAUUUCACUGGAUUCAAUUCCAACGUGGAUGAUUGUAAUGGGCUGAUAAUAGACGAGGACACCGUACUGACGUUGGCCCAGUGUACGACGAAACAUGGAAAACGUGCCACAUACGUAAAGUACAUGUACAACGAAGAGAAUACUGUUGUAAAACAUUACAAUCAUCCGGGCUAUCGUGAUGGACAGCUAUACAAUGACAUCGGACUGUUGAAGGUGAAAAUGCGCUUCACCUUCUUUGAGUACUUUGUACCGCAAUGUCUUUGGCAUGGUGAAGAGAUUCCUCAAGAGAAGAUUGAAUUGACUGGUAAAGGAAGAGAAGAUCUUAACACCCUCUUCAUACACGAUGAACCUGUGGAAGUGUUUUACCCACAAACCAUUCGUCUGACUCCACGUGUUGAGGUACUUCCAUUUGACAACUGUUCUUACCCGGAAGAAAUUUCGAAGAACCUACCAAGAGGAUUAACUGAGGAACAUUUGUGCUUUGGCAACGAACCAUACCUAGUGCCAACCACGUGUACACAAACGUUCGGUGGUCCGAUCGGAGGGUUAGCGUACAGAUUCAACCGAACAUUUCGAUAUGCGUUCGCACUUAACUUAGCCGGCCGUGAUUGUGGUUUCGGAUGGGCGGCAUUAGGUGUGCGGCUCGCAUCGCACAUUGACUGGUUGAAAUCAAUGUUGCUACCAGGUCACAAAGCGGAUAGUGGAUCAGUUCACUUUUUGCAUUCCGAUUUGGAAGAAAACGAUACUUGCCGGCAUGUGGAUGGUACGAUUGGAGUGUGUGUGGAUGCUGGUAGAUGUCCCCGAAUUCGGUACGAAUUUUCGGUCAACCGUCAGGUGGUGUUUUGUAGCUCGUCUAGCGUUGUUUGCUGUCCGUAUGAAAAUUUGCUGAAUGAAACAAGCGUUGCUGGUCGGGAGCUGGACGAGUGUGAGGAUCGCUACAAGGAGGAACGGAAACUUUCAACCGAACGUUUGUUUGGCAACGGUCCUCUGAGUGAUGACUUUCCUCAUCUGGUUGAAAUCGGUUGGCAGGCUAGUGGCGAUACAAAUGUUCAAUGGAAUUGUCGAGGAACCAUUAUCGCAUCCAGCGCUAUUUUGACUAGCGCAAAGUGUGUAAAGCAACAAACAAACUCACCUUCUCUGGUUCGACUUGGAGUGAACAAUGCAGCUCCGGUUAUGGAUGUGCAGGAAACGAUCAUGCAUCCCGAGUACGAUAGAGCUACUGGCAAGAAUGAUAUAGCAGUAGUUAAAUUGAGACACUCAAUAGAAAAAAGAUCAACAACGAAAUAUCCUGCUUGCAUUUGGAGCAAUCAAACUCAUACUCCGUUUGAAAUGAUUCAACUCAUAAUAAAUGAAUCGGGCGAAGACUACGUUUUCUCCACAGCUAAAUACAACACGGAUUGUGGCGAUUCCGAAACAGAAAUAGCUUCCCGGCAGCUUUGUGUUGAUGUGCAUCCUCCCAACACAGUAGUAACGGAAGGAGAUCCAAUGUUUUGGACCAAAACAUUAGCGGACGGUACAAUGGCGCAGUAUUUGGUUGGAAUUAUGAGUCACACUGCUGCUAACGAUGGGUCAGUGAAAAUCCACCAUAGAAUGUCGUCUUACGUUGGGUGGAUAAAGAGUAUUUUGUAG